AUGGCAAAUCGAGCUCAAAGGAACUUGCCAGGCACUACUGAAGUGAAUCCAAAGCGAAAUCUUAAUGAACAAUGUCAAGCUAUUACCUUGAGGAGCGGAACGGUGUAUGAGGGACCAAGUAUAGAGAAGAAAGUUAAGCAGAAGCAGGAUCAACAGGCACCUAUCACAAAGAACAAGCAGAAAAGGGGUAAAGUUGAAGAAGAGGCUAAUGAGAACCUUGAGAAAAAGCAGCCAGAAAUAAGCAUAGAUCACCAUAUAAAGAUCCCAUAUCCUCGGAGGCUUCAAAAGAAUAAGCUUUACAAGCAGUUUUCUAAAUUUUUGGAUAUCUUUCAAAAGCUACACAUCAACAUUUCUUUUGCCGAAGCACUUGAACAGAUGCCGAGUUAUGUGAAAGUUGAUGUGGUGGAAAGUAAGGGUGAUACGCUGAAAUUUACUAAGAAGAAAUCUAUGGUUGACGGUGGAAAGCGAACAAUUCGUCAUAAAGUGAAAAAUAUCUUUAGUGAGAAAGCUCGAUUGUCUCAUGAGCGGUGGAAAGUUCCAAAAAUGUGCAAUAUCAAGAAACGGGCAUCUAAUCAUGAUACUAUGGCUCUUAAGGACAUGAUGGGUGGUUUGGAUCCGAGUUGA